UUGCGCGCGCGCUAGUGCUUUUCGUGUGUACUACACUCUUAUUAGACCAUCAGCAAGUUUACAUACAUACAUAAGCAUAUUUUCCGAGACUUUGAAAGCUAGAAAAGCUCUCCGUGAUAUUAAAAAAGGGGAGCUGAAUUUUUUUUCUCCGUGUGUACACGUAUAAAGGUACAGCUUCUCUUGCAAGUGCCUGCUCUGCUGCGUGACUUGUUUGCCCGCCAGUAGAAGAAGAAUAAAGAGAAAUAUAUAUAUAUAUAUAUAUGUAUAUGUAUUAAUAUACAAUACAGUGUGUGCCGUGCAGAGGUGCACCUCCUCUCGAUACAUACCUACAUCCGAGUGCGCGAGAAGCUGCUGUUGCAGGAGCAGAAGCUGUGCGAGUUGUGUACUCGCACACGAAAGAAGCCGGCCGCUCUCUCGCCAAAAAAAAAGUGAGAGCCCGAGGGGAGAGAAAUAAAAUAUAUUGAAAGAGAGAGCCGUGUAUAUAGUAUAUACCUAUCCAGUGAACCGUUCGCAGGUGAGGUAGUAGCGCUCCGAGAGUUAACCAGCAGAGCACCAGAAUCGGCAGUCAUGUCUGACCUCAAAGCAGAGAGCAAGACCGAGAAUAGCGUCGACGAGAGCAACGCCAACAAGGAAGAGUCGACGGAGGAAAAGCCCACACCCAAAAACAAAAGGGGCACAAAGAGGCUCUCGACCAUAGAAAAAAUCACCCAGGAAGCCGACGUCAUCACCAAGGGUCUUUCAGCCGGUGACGAGGUUGAGGGCAGGCGGCGUACCCGUAGCUCAGCGCGAGGGAUCACGCAAACGGCACCGGCACCCUCGCCUCCUAAGAAGGAAAAAAAGGAGUCGCGCACCGGAGGCGGUCGAGGUCGAGGCCGUCCCAAGAAGACCAAUGAUCACGACGAGGAAAAGGAGGCUGCGGCCAACAACAAGAACGACAAGGAAGAGGAUUCGAAGAUGGAGGUAGACGAGGUCGUACCGGCCGACAAAAAGGACGAUGCCAAGGCUAAUGAUAACAAGAAGGAAAGUAAAGAGGAUUCCAAAAAAGAGGACCAAAUCGAUGGUGCUAAGCUGAAUUCGAAGGAUGACAAGCCCAAUGAUGAGACAGAAAAUAACUCGGACGAUGCGAAGAAAAACUCGACGGUUGAGUCGGCUACCGCAAACAAGGAUGAUGACAAGACUAAGUCCGGCAGCACGACGGAGGUGGCGUCGAGUAAAGAUCAAAAAUCAGAAGCCGCUGAAAACGCCAAUGACAACAGUGCGUCGGCAGAUGACGAGAAAAAAGAAUAAUUGUCAAUUCGGAGAACCAAGUACGCGCAUCUCUUCUUCUGUCAAAAUCAAGGGGCGCACUUAGUGGGGUCGCAGAUUCUGUCCCCUCGUCUAUUUGAAUGAUUGACAUCGACUUGUCAACUGUCCGACUAAUCAGCGCAUCAUAUGGACAGUCAAGCUCCAUUUGUGUCGAAUUCGUGGAAGAACCGAUGCGUUUUCGACUUUUCUCGAUUUGCGACUAGUGCCCUCAAGUUGGUCACAAAACAUAUUUAUACAUAAGAUUGAAUUAAGAACUUCACAUUUUAGUUAUUAUAAUUUCAUCAAAAUGAAAACUAAAUGUCUUGAUUGUACGCAUCACGUUAUGAACAAACAAUUAUUAAAAAUGUUUUACAAAGUGACGCUGAA